AUGAACUCCACUAACAGUACUCAAUUUAGAACCACUGCCGCCACACCUACUACUACCCCUGAUAUUAACGAGAAGGAUACUUCAACUGCAUCUGAGUCAACUGAUUUAUCUUCUUCAUAUGAAAAUUCAAGCAGUGCUUUCGGUUCUAAGUAUGACAAUAUAACUGAUCAUAAUAUCAUUAAGAAGGAUAAGAGUAAUGAUACGUUAUAUUUCCAACCAAGGAGAAUAUAUCAAAUGGAACAAGACUUGCCUUCUAGAGCAACUCUAGUGAAACCAUUCCCUAGUAAUGAUGACACUCAGACAGAAUUCUACAACGACGAGCGCCAAAACACUACCCAAACUAACUCUCAAAGUGUCCUGGCGAACUUUUCUGAAUAUGUUCCAAAUUUAAAUUUCACUGAUUAUAUCAAGUUCUGGCAAAGAGAAGACUUAUACAAGAACCAAUUUCCUGAAAAUGUUGAACAUUCCUCAAAUCGUAUCAAGCAGCAGGAACAACAGAGAUCACAAUAUAAGGAAACAUCAGAUCAAGAUUUCAAAAUUCAAGAAUAUCUACAAGAUAAUGAUCAAUUUAAACAACAAUCGAGACCUGAAUCAAGGGUAUCAAACAACUUGAGUAGAUAUUCUUCAUCAUGGAGUACAACUGAUGAAGAAGAUAUAGUUGAAGAAGAUUCAGAAAACGCUUCUUUGAAACAAGAAAAUCCAAUAAUGUUUAAAUCAGCACAUUCUCAAGUUGAACCAAUACCUUUACCCAAUAUGAGAUCAUUAAAGACACCACCUUCUGCACUAGAAUUAGAAAGAAGAAAAUCUUCAUAUAAUUUUGCAAAUAAUAGUUUUACUGCAUACAAUAACACAACCAGCCAUUAUCACAGUUUCAAAACAAGUACUGCUCCAAUGAGAAAGAAAACAACUUCACCAAUAGCUACCUCCUUCGAUUCCGUAUCGUCCUCACUAACAUUUAUCCCAAACAAUACCAUGUCAGUACUUACUGAAUUAAGAAUGAGCCCAGAUGAAGUUAAAGAUUUAAUAAGUAAAUUACCCAACGAUUAUUUAUCCUUACCAUAUUCCAAAAGGAAACAAACAAUUAUAGAAUUAGUUCCAGAUAGGGAUUAUAAAUUGAUCAUGUCAUUGAUUAAGAAAUUUAUGUUAACAUCGCCAACAAGUAAUCUCUCAUUAAACAAUAAGAGAUCAUUAACAAAUUUAAACCAAGGGAGAUCAAGACAUGGAUCCAUUGCUUCACAAUUCUUGAGCACUUUCUCACCUCCUGCUUCAUCUUCUAUGGCUAACAGACAACAACAACAGCUACAGCAACGAAGACUUCUUCAUCGUAACAGUCCAGACGUUGAUAUAGGUGAUACUUCUAAUGACAGUGCAGGUAAUGAGGGAGAUAACGAAGAGGAAAAUCUUACAAAUAUCAAACCUGAUGCAAGAGGAAGACAAGUAUUAGGUCAUCUUUUAGGACGAAUCAUUGGAUACGGUGCCUGGGGGGUAGUGAGAGAAUGUAUCGAUUUGAAAACUGGUAUUAAUAGAGCUAUUAAAAUUGUUAGAUUCAAAGAAAAUUUAAAAGUUAAAAGAGAAGUCAUCAGAGAAGUUUCCGUUUGGGAACAAUUAAAACAUCAAUGCAUAUUACCUUUAUUAAAUUAUAAUUUGGACCCUGAAUAUGCAAUGUAUUGCUUGACUGAAAGAAUUACAGAUGGUAAUUUCUUCGAUUUGGUAUUAUCAUGGGGUACUUUGGAUAAUCCAAAUAUUAAUUUCACAGAUAGGUGUAAACUUACAAUCUUCUCUGUUUUACAAGUAAUAUCAGCAUUAAACUAUAUGCAUUCAAAAUCAUUUGCUCACGGUGAUGUCAAACUAGAAAAUUGUUUGGUACAAAAGGUACCAAAGGAAUAUUGGAAAGUAUUUUUAUGUGAUUUCGGAAUGAGCCGUUCUUUUCGUUCCAAUAUGACAGAUCCAAAUAACAAUAAUUCUUUGCCAGAUGGACCACAAAAUGGAUAUUCAGAUUCUUCAGAUGCAUAUAUUGAAGCUACAUUUGCCUCUAAUGGUAAAAAAUUGAGAAUUUGUAAAAAACCGCAUAAUACUAAUAUGAAAAGAUCAAAAUCAAAUUCUAGCAUUUUUGAAACAACUGAAUUAUCAAAAGUUCAAAAAAUUGUUACAGAUAAAGAAUCCACACAUGACGAUACGCCUUUAGACAUUAAGACAACCCCUAGACAGUACGGACCUUCAUUGACAAGUACAAUGAUCUCGAAAAACAGUGUAACAUCUUUAUGUUCUUUAACAUCAAGAAUUUCUACAGAACACUCCACACGUACGGUGGAAUUAUUACCUACAGGUAGGAUAUUAGAUACCACAACUUCUUAUCAUGACCAUAAAAGAAGGAAACAUUCAAAAGCUAUUCGUGAUACAUCAAUGGCUACCAUAGAUCCGCAGAAAGAAGAGUUAAGAUCAGAUUUAUCUUCUCAUAUAGGAUCCUUACCAUAUGCUUCUCCUGAAUUGUUGCAUAGUGAUUGUACAUCUCUUGGACCACCAGCUGAUGUCUGGGCGUUAGGUGUUAUGCUUUAUACAAUGCUCACUGGGAAGUUACCCUUCAAAGAUGAAUUUGAAGAACGUCUGAGGGAACGGAUUAGAAAUGUUAAUUACGACAAGGAAGCAUUACAAAUUGCUUGCAAUAAUGGAGAAAAACCAAAUAUAAAACAACAAGAACUAAUAUUCCAAACCUUAUACGAUGCAGUUGAUGGAUGUCUAACUAAAGAUUUAGAUAAGAGAUGGACACUUAUUGAUGUACAAUCCUCAUUAGAAAAGGAAUUGGAAAGGCACGGUGGCUUGCCUUCUUGA